AUGUCUUCUCAAACCCGUGUUUCUCAAAACCGUGUUCCUCCCACUGUCCCCAUCCCCGAUGGCGAGGUCCCCAGUUCCACUACCAGUACCGAGAGGAGUGACCCCAGCUCCAACGUUCCAGCCGAGUUUACCCUAUCCAACAUUGCUACUCUUCUCCUUUGGAACCAUGAACUCCACCGCCAGAAUAACCUGCUGGCCGCGGAUCUCAACCGCGCCAGAGAUCGUCUCCACUCUACUUACGAAAAUAUGUUUAACAUGCGUGAAUUGAUCGACGAAAUGAACGCUUGCGCUAUGAAGCUUCUCAUGUCCCAGAAUGGUCGUUCGACUCGUGAAUAUUUUGAGGCUGCUGAUCGGUACCGGUUGUGGCAGCUCACUAUGCCUAUUCCGCGCCCCGAAGAUCGGUGGCCGCAUGAAACUUACUACGAUGCCUUUAUUACUGGGUUGGAUAACGAGGAGGACCGCAACAUAUUCCUUCGUGGUGGGCUGAAUUGGGAGACUCUUCGCCUGUAUUUCGAUGCUGUGGACUAUGACAUGUAA